UUCACACGACCAACCAAAAAAAACCCUAAAGCAUGUCAGAUUUGAUGAAGGGAAGAGCAAGCUCAUCCUCAGAGUUUGUCCAAGACAAGAAGUAUGAGGUCUACUUGGGAAAGAAGGAGAAAAAGAACAUGGUGUGCCCAACCUCUCAACUUGUCCAAGAAGAGAAGCAUGAGUACAGCUUGGGAAAGAGAGGCAGAUUUGAUGAGGAAGAGCACUUGGGAAGGAAAUUGAGAAAUAAGAGUGAGUACAAAUUGGGAGACAGACACGGGCCAAAAAAUGAGAAACUGAACUUGGGAAAGAUAGAGAAAAAUAAUGGUGAGAACAGCUUGGUGGAUCGCAUCAGCGGGACGCCAGAUGAAAUUCUCGUUAGCAUAUUGUCUCUCUUGCCGCUGAAGGACGCAGGAGCUACUAGUGCCCUUUCAAGGCGAUGGCAGUGUGUGUGGAUGUCUACUAUGACUCUGAACUUUGAUGUUAACUUUCAUCUUCAUAGAAAUAGGCUCCGCUUUCGUCACAGCCGGACAAAGUUGCAACACCUGGAAAGCUGUAGAUAUGUCAAUUGGGUGGAUCAUGUUGCGGAACAGCACAGAGGCGCAAUCAAACAAUUCAAGGCUUGCUUUGGACUUGAUGGUCAGUUUACAAGUUCCAUUGAUAAAUGGAUUCAAUUUGCAAUGAAAAAGGGUGUUGAAAUACUUGAGCUGGAUUUCUUUUUAAAUCGAGGUGUUGCUGCCGAAAAUUUGUAUAUGUUUCCCAGCAAACCGUUAGGUCUCGGGAAAGAGCACUUGUAUCCUUACACUCCAAACCUACACUCUUGUGGAUACGACAUUGGAUUUAAGUUUCUCAAAGUUCUUCAUUUCAGAAGUGUUGAUGUGACUGAUGACGUUCUUGAAUACUUCUUGUCAAACUAUCCAGGUCUUGAAAGAUUAGCAGUGCAUCGUACCAAGAGUUUGGUUAAUGUAAGAGUUGGUGGUUCAUCGGUUGCAUUGAAGUAUUUAGUAGUAGAGCAUUGCUUGCACCUUAAAAGUAUUGAGAUUUGUGACGCAAACCUGGUUUCAUUUAUUUAUAAAGGGCAGGAGAUAAACCUGGUUCUCAGUAAUGUACCUUUUCUUGUUGAGGUAUCCAUUUCUGCCGACCCUACAUCCAUAGAUCUUCCCUUUACCCAACUUUCAUGCUGUCUUCCUCAGCUGGAGACUCUCAUGCUGGAUAUUUGUGAAGUGUACUACAAUCAGAAACGUGCAUUUCCUAUUUCUGAAAAUCUCAAGCAUUUGGAAUUAAUAGUUGAAGCAGAUCAUCGUUGGGCUCUUCAUCAUUUAACCUAUUUCUUGAAGGCAUUUCCUUGCUUGCAGAGACUUGCGGUGAAGUUGGAUUACAGUGACCCCGAAGGAGGCAUGGGAAAAGUAAAGAAAGCUUCUGCAUGCCCCCAUCAUUGCCUCAAGGUUGUGGAAAUAGUAGGGUAUCGUGGUCGUGAAUCUGCUGUUAAACAUGUCCUGUACUUAAUAAAGAGUCUUGUUGCCCUGGAGAAAAUUAUUAUUGAUCCAGUCCAGCGCUUUGAGUACCCUGUUGAAAGGUAUCCUAGUGGAAUUGACAGAGGAGUUGAAGUAGUCGAUGAGGAAGAAGAGGUAAGGGAUCACGCUAUGCAGUACCUCAAAAGAAAAGUUCCGUCGUCUAUUGAAUUUGUAUGCUUGUAGUUAGUACAAUGCUUAGGUUAUCUACAGAUUAUGCUGCUGCUAUUUAUCAAAUACAAGGCUUUGAGUUUGAUGUACUGAAGUUGAAUGGUACGAUUUGAGAUUUG